AUGUCUGGUCAAUCUAGUGUCGGCAACCGCGCCAUCUAUGAAGCUGGUGACCAGCGAAACCCCCCUCAGUCUGAGAUCAAUGAGCGUCAGCGCUACCGGGAGGGCGAGACCGGCAGCCACAAGAACUUAGACUCCAAGGACCAGCGUUCUAUUGCCAACAAGCUUGCUGCCCAGGAGCGCAAGCCCGAUUCUUCGCACCACCACAACAAUGAGUUCAACCAGGAGGCUGAGUUGAGCAAGCAGGAUCCUACUAAGCCUGCCAAGGUGCACGGAAAUGCUCCCUCCAAGGGUGCCCAGAUUGAUGCCGAGCUGAAGGCUGAGGAUGAGCAGCGCCUGCGCGAGAAGGGCAUCAAGAAAUAA